AUGGCGGCUCCUGGCCUUCACGCCCGCCCUUUGAGGGACGAGGCCGCCGUCGGCGCAUGCGCGUGGAGGCGACGCCCCCCCCCCGACCCCAUCUUGGUGCGGGGACCGCCGGCCCCGCCCUUUACCAAGAUGGCGCCGGCCUCGUCCUGUUUCCCCCCUCCAUUUCCGGUCGCGCGCCAUCUUGGAAACGGGCAGGCCGAAGCCAACUUCCGCCCGGAGCGAGGGGCUUUGACGGCGGCCGGGCCUUGGGGGUGGGCCUCCCUGCCGCGGUGCAUUGUGGGCCGGGCCCCGGUGUCGGCGGGAGGAGGACGCGGCGUCCGCCCCCCCCCCCCCCCGCCGAACCCCGGAACCGGAAGCGGAACCGGAAGCGGAAGCGGGGCUCGUCGCCCCCGGCCUCCGCCUCCGCCCCGGCCUCGGCCUCGGCCUCCUCCGCCUCGGCCUCCUCCGCCUCCUCCGGCGCCCCGGCCGGGCCCCGGCCCCCCAGCCUCGGGGCGGGGGGUCCCCCCGUCGGGGUGCCCCCGCUCCCCGGGCCCGGGCCCGGCCAUGACCCUGGGCUCCCCGUUCCCGGUGAUCAGCUCGUCGCUGGGGUCUCCGGGCCCGCCGCCCCCGCCCCCGCUCCCGCCCGCCUACGGACCCGUCAACAGCCCCCAGAUCAACUCGACGGUGAGCCUGCCGGGCCUGGGCGGAGCGGAGGACGUCAAGCCCGUGCUGGGCGUCCGGGGGCUCCCGUGUCCCCCCGCCGCGGCCGGGCCGCCCGCCGCCGCCGCCGGGAAGCGUCUCUGCGCCAUCUGCGGGGACCGCAGCUCAGGCAAGCACUACGGCGUGUCGAGCUGCGAGGGCUGCAAGGGCUUCUUCAAGCGCACCAUCCGCAAGGACCUCACCUACACCUGCCGCGACAACCGCGACUGCACCGUGGACAAGCGCCAGCGCAACCGCUGCCAGUACUGCCGCUACCAGAAAUGCCUGGCCACCGGCAUGAAGCGCGAGGCGGUGCAGGAGGAGCGUCAGCGGGGGAAGGAGAAGGAGGGGGAGGGCGGGGAGGGCGCCGGGGCGGCCAACGAGGAGAUGCCCGUCGAGAAGAUCCUGGAGGCUGAGCUGGCCGUCGAGCAGAAGACCGACCAGAGCUUGGACGCCGCCCCCGGGACCCCCGGCGCCGGAGCCAGCCCCAACGACCCGGUGACGAACAUCUGCCAGGCGGCCGACAAGCAGCUGUUCACCCUGGUGGAGUGGGCUAAGCGCAUCCCGCACUUCUCCUCCCUCCCGCUGGACGACCAGGUCAUCCUGCUCCGCGCCGGCUGGAACGAGCUACUGAUCGCCUCCUUCUCCCACCGCUCCAUCGCCGUCAACGACGGGAUCCUCCUGGCCACCGGCCUGCACGUCCACCGCAACUCGGCCCACUCCGCCGGCGUGGGCGCCAUCUUCGACCGGGUGCUGACGGAACUGGUGUCCAAGAUGCGGGACAUGCGGAUGGACAAGACGGAGCUGGGCUGCCUCAGGGCCAUCAUCCUCUUCAACCCCGACGCCAAGGGCCUGUCGAACGGGAGCGAGGUGGAACAGCUGCGGGAGAAGGUCUACGCCUCGCUCGAGGCCUACUGCAAGCAGCGCUACCCCGACCAGCAGGGACGGUUCGCCAAGCUGCUCCUCCGCCUGCCGGCCCUGCGCUCCAUCGGCCUCAAGUGCCUGGAACAUUUGUUCUUCUUCAAGCUCAUCGGCGACACCCCCAUCGACACCUUCCUCAUGGAGAUGCUCGAAGCCCCCCACCAGCUGGCCUGAGGACCCCCCGACGGACGGGCGGGUGGUCCCUCGCCCGAGACCCCCGCCGGGCCUCGGGAC